AUGCCCAGGGGCUAUAAUCCUCAAUACACCUUCGACUUCAACGAUAUAAAGAAGCGCAUCCUCUCCAACGCGAAUGCAUAUUACGCGCAUCGCUUCCCUGAAGCGCAACGCUACGACUUCAUCACCUCAUCCAUCCCACGGACCGACAGCCAAGAUAGCAUAGAGUACAGGGGCGGGCUGAUUGUAUAUCCUGAUCCGAAGUCAAACGACUGGGUGAUGCUGUAUAAGAGCCACUCCUGGCCAGCCGUAGAAGAUACGGCGUUUGAGAUCAAGUCCUGGCUUGAAGAGAAAAUGAGGACUGUGUUUGACAAGGUGGGCGAAGGCGAGAAGUGGGCCGGAACAAAGAAGAAGUCUAAGGACGAACUGUCAGGCAAUGAGAGAAAGUCUAAUGCGGGCGAGGACCAGAUGGAGGAGGUGGAAACUGCGGAGGACAGCUCUAAAUCGACAGAUGCUGCUGGCGAUAUCGGUGACGGUACUGGUACCGGCGUUCAAGGCGAAGAUAAGGAGGUUCCGAAACAGCCAGAAGACUCCACUGCUGGCGACCAAGCAGAGGCUGCAAGCGACACCACCAUGCCAAUUCGGAAACGUAAGUCAGCCGCGGAUGAAGAGAAGGACCGAAAGAAAAGCAUGAAGAACGACGAGGAGCAGCGCGUCUUUGUUGGCGAGAAAGAUGACCCGCCUACCAAAGAAGAGAAGAAGGGCCCUGUAGAGCCCGUCGUGAUUCCGACCGAGUUGAAGCUUCCGCCGACCACUGAGAAGUAG